AUACGCGUCGCCACUCCACACUACAUGCAGCGAUGCAACGAAAACCGUUUACCGUCGACAAGUUUGAUUUCGUGAGGUCCGUGCGAGACGUUUACGAAGUGUUCCAAUUUUGAAAUAAUUUGUUUUAUUCUUAAUUUAUUUUGGGUAUUUAACUUCAGUGCCAGUGUUUUACGACACAUAGGCGCGAUCUGACAGUCAAAUGGCCAGUAAAAUGAAACGAUACAGUAUUCAUUUUAGGACGUUCUUAUUGUUAAUAUGGACGAGUGCCCGUGGUGGAGACGGAUACAGCUGCCCAUACGGACAGAAUUGUGGAUUUGAACCUGCACCACCAGGGCGGGCCCCCGCGUGCGCGCAACCAGGACUCACAUACUGCUUAUAUCCUGACCCGUAUCCAGAGCACGUGAUCCGGCAACUAAUAGAAGCAGGACAAUACGACAUCCGCACUCUUCUAUCAGAUGAGAGUCGUGAUGAUUUCAACUCCAAUAAAAAAGUUGAUUAUCCAUAUGGCUACGGACCGAAUUCGCUCCCUCAUGUGGACCAGAUCUCAUUGGUCAACGAUGGAAUAUUCCAGAAGAAUUUCAACACUAAAUACCAUACAAGAUUUAAUCACGAUAUUUUCUCACAGAAAACACCUCUGCAACCACCCUCAGCGGCAGAUCCGUCACCAUACAACAUCAACACUUUCCAAUCAUCGAACUUCACCAAAUUCGGCUUCCAUGGUUACCAUACCUCUUCGCCAGGUUUCUGGAACCCAGCACGCAACCAGUUCGAGAACAACUACGAUAAGAAAGUGUAUAGACAGACGGGUAUUAACGGCCAUUUCGGAUAUAAUCAAAACAAUUAUAAUACACCAAAUAAUAAUGUAUACCCGAAUUACGACUCGACAGAUUGGUUUCGACAGGCUUCUAGCGGUGUUACGCACUAUAAUCCUAGCGAAUGGUGGAAAUACAUAUCUCCAUCCCGCUCCGACGUGACAGUACAACGUUCCGUGACGUUCCCGACGCGUUCAACCGUCCACCGCUCACGACGGCGACGCAACGCGGAGCUGGUCAGCGAGUCUGCGAAGAGAACUCUCAGCGGCGCCGAAGCACUCAGAAUAGCUUUGGGUUUAGCUAGUGCAGAGACAACAGCAGAGCGCCCCCGGCGACAAGCGGCGAAUACACAAGACCUGUGUCGAGUGAGGACCGAAUACAUCACUCCACGGGCAGCGCUCAACAACAAGGGAAACUGGCGAUACGUCGUCAACAUGCCUGAUAACAUGACACAACUGGUGCGGGCAGAGAUCUGCACAUCAACAGAAUGCAGUGGAUUAUGCUCGCUACCUUCCGGAUACAGUUCUAGGUGCGAGCAAAAGUAUAUUCAAAAACGUUUGGUAGCGUUAGAAGCAAGCGGACAAAAUCUCUAUACUGAUAUAUUUUGGAUACCCAGUUGUUGCCAAUGUACUAUUAUAGCCAAUAACUAGAUACGAAUAAAUAUAGUUCAAUAUGUGAUAGAAUUCUAUGGUAUUAAAAGAUAAUGAAACUACAUUUAUUUGUGCUAUUGUACACUAGAUGGCACUAUAUUUUACAAAAACUGACUACUCGAUAUUAAAAACAUAUCUACUGUAUUUUGCCAGCAUUAUCCCCUGUAACACUGCCUUAUUAGUUCUAAGAUAAUACUAUUGUCAUGAAGUCACACUUUUUCUUCUAAUUAUUUAUUGCAUAAUUUUCUUUUGUCUAAUUUGCAGAGGCUUAUGACUCUACAAAUUAAAUUCUUUCAUUUUAUUGUCGAUAUGUAACAGUUAGUUAUUGCUGUAUUAUAUUGUUAUCUUUAGUCUAAAUGCUAAAAAAGUCUAACAAUGAAGAUCCAUACAUCCAUCAGUACCCAUAUAUACGAACUUUUAACUGACCGGUCCGCUUUUGACAAUUCUUUCUUCUUGAAGUGGAUACAAACUAUACAAAAUGGAGACGAUUAAGAAGGAUUUGAAAGUGAACAAUACACGUAAUUUUAUAAAUAUUAUAUUAUUAUUAUAAUUUAGAAUAUGUGGUUUAAUUAAUACCGAAGUGGGUGCAAUUUUCACAUUUAUAGAUAUUACAUCUACUUAAAUAUAUAAUCUUAUUCUUAAAAGAAAAUGCCGACUAUUUGGAUGAUCUUCAAAAUAAUACCAUUUUAUAACAAGAGAUGGCGCUACUGUAUGU